GGACAGACCGAACGAACGUUGGGCGUCGCUGGUCGACAAGAGAUUGCCUACCGCUCCGUCUGUGACGCUCGAUUAAGACUGGCGAGCUUGGAACCUCUCACGACGGAGGCGCACGGGCUCGACGCCUGCGUACUUCUCACACCUCUCGCCGGCCGAGGAACCCGCAAACUAGACGUUCCCGACAGCAGCACACGGUCUGCGGAUCAAAAGCGGCCCGCCAACCCAGGCUGGGUGAAGCAGAACAUGGCGAGAGAUAGACUCGCAGCCAUUCGCGCUGCCCAGAAUGGACCGGCAAACCAAUUCAGUCGCGAUUACCAGGACGAAUAUGACUACGGCGAGCGAUCUUAUCCUGCUCAGACGCGACAGGCCUCCUCCAGGAGCCGACAGCCGGCCGAGGAGGCUCACUACAGGCGCGAGAGCUACUACGAGGAACCAUCGCCGAGGAGGCCAACGCACAAUCGUAGAGAGUCGGGCAGUUAUCAGGCCUCCGGCAACUUCUCGAGGCCUUCCCGUAUCGCCUCCCUCGCGCCUCAGCCAGCAGACUACGCACGGGCGCGUCAGGAUGAUGAAGAAGACCUGUAUCGUCAACAUCCACGUGGCAAUGAGAGCACUUAUGCUCGUGGCAUGCAGCCAGUGAGCUCAAAUUCGAGGCGGCAAGAUGAACGGUAUCGGUCAGAGGAGCGAUCUCGACAAGCCGAACGCGGGCGGCCAUCCUAUGAGCGCUACGACACCGGCGCUACGGAUGACUCCGAAAACGCAGAGGACGCGCGUGGCCGACCAGCCCAAGGGUAUUCAGCAAGGUCGAACUCGCAAAAGCAAUCGCGUCGCGCACCAGAGAACGUAAUGCCAGAGACGGCGAGGCAGCCCGAACGAGGCUUGCUUGCGCCACAAUCUGCGUAUCGAGGGGCGCAAAGGCAAUCCUCGAUGCGUUCUGAAGCGAUGAGCUAUGCGUCUGGCUCGGCAGAUUCGUACACUCUUGCCAGUGGCAACAAAUCAACCGCAACUCUGCCUGAUGCGCCCAGUCUGCCCUACAACGGCUCAGCCAGGGCACAGGGACCAGAAACGAAGCCGCUGCAGAUCGUCAAGAUGAGCCCGCUGGAGGCUCGAGCACUAGAGGCAGCCUAUGGCUCGAUGGAGACUUUCUUCAACGAGCUCACAGAAAUUGAUGGCAUGAAUCAGACCCUCGCCGAGCUGGUUGAUCAGGUCGAGAAUUUGCAUGCGCGUCAGCUUGAUUCGACGGGCCUUGAUGCACAAAGCGAGGCUGUCACACGCGAUGUGGACAGGACACAGAUCCAAAUCCGCGCGCUCAACGCAAAAACAUCGGCCAAGAUCAAGAUUCUAGAAGCACGCAAUGCCCGUCCGGUCAAUGUCGCUCAGAACGACAUUGACACUCGGCGCACUCAGACUGCUCGAAUCAAGGACAAGUUUAUACAGACAGUUCAACGGUACCAGCAAGUCGAGCUUGUCCAUCGUCAGCAGAGCAAGAACAGGCUGGCGCGUCAAUACAAGACCGUCAACCCAGAUCUAUCGGAUCAAGAAGUCCAGGCUGCGGUGCGAGAUGCCUUUGAAGGCGGCGAAGGACAGCAGAUCUUCGCUCAGGCCUUCCGCAAUACGAACCGCGUCGGUGCCGUCCGCAGUGCUGCCGCGGCAGUCGAGCAGAGGCAUCAGGAUAUCCAGCGUAUCGAGAAGACGCUCACCGAACUCGCACAGCUUUUCAACGAUAUGGCAACGCUGAUCGAACAGCAAGACGUACAGAUCGUUCAGAUUGAGCAGCAAGCCGAAUUCGCGAGCAAGGAAGUCGAGACCGCCCAGCAGGAGCUCGUCAAAGGCAAAGUGUCUGCGAAAGGGGCGCGCAGCAAGCGGAAAUGCUGCGCCGGCAUAUUCGCAGCUAUCAUCCUUGUCGUCAUCGUCGUCGUCGUCAUCUAUGUGCUCAAGAUUCGUGGGUCGAACGACAACAAUAGUAGUAACAACCAAAACCGGGCUGUCACGGCGACGACUGCUGAUCCUGCCCAAGUCGUCACAGACGCGUCCGGCGAAACAGCUUCCAAUCCACUGCCGGGCAUCACACUCACGCCGCUUACAUCGACCGCUGAAGCCGACCCCGGCACCGUCGCGACUGCCUCGGCCGACCCUGGCGUUGCAACGGUGACGGUCACAGAGGGCGCUGCAAGCACUCAGAUGGCACGACUGCGGCGGCGAGCGAGAUCGAUCGAAGAUGUAGACUAG